AUGAAUUCUCGAUUCCUCAAGUCUGCGCUGCUUUCCGCAAGGGCGGAAUCAAACCAGAGGGUCACCGACGUCGUCCAGGCCGUCAUUCAAGACGUCAGAAAGAAUGGCGACAAGGCAGUGAGGAGCUACUCGGAGAGAUUUGACAAAUGGACCCCCCCUUCUUUCAAGCUCACCGAGAGACAAAUUCAAGACUGCAUUGCCCAAGUGCCAGCGCAGACAGUCCAGGAUAUCAAGGCCGCGCAGGAGAACGUGCGCAAGUUUGCCCAGGCCCAGCGCGGCAGCAUUCGCGACAUCGAGGUCGAAAUUCAGCCUGGCGUCAUUCUCGGCCACAAGAACAACCCCAUCAACCGGGUCGGCGCAUACAUACCCGGGGGCCGUUACCCUCUCCUUGCGUCGGCGCACAUGACUAUCACCACGGCCAAGGUUGCCGGUGUGCCGCAAGUGAUCGCCUGCACGCCUCCUCUCAACGGAAGCUUGCCCAACGCCACCGUUGCAGCUGCGCACUUUGCCGGCGCCGACGAGAUCUUUAUCCUGGGCGGGGCGCAAGCCAUCGCUGCCAUGGCCGUCGGCACCGAGACUAUGAAGAAGGUCGAUUUCAUCGCGGGUCCAGGGAACGCCUUCGUAGCCGAGGCGAAGCGCCUUCUCUUUGGGGAGAUCGGCAUCGAUCUCUUCGCCGGCCCAACCGAAACCCUCAUCAUAGCCGAUGAGUCCGCAGACCCCUUCACGGCCGCGACGGAUCUGUUAUCCCAGGCCGAGCACGGUCCCGAUUCUCCCGCGGUGCUCAUCACCUGCUCUCAGUCCGUGGGCGAACAAACCAUUCGCCAUGUCAAUACGCUUCUCAAAAGUCUGUCGACGGCCGAGCUGGCCUCGACCUCCUGGAGGGAUUAUGGCGAGGUGGUUCUUGUGGACAAUAUGGACGACGCAUACAGGCUCGCGGACGAAAACUCCAGCGAGCAUGUUCAGAUUCUGACCAAGACGCCCCGCGAGGCGCUGGACAAGAUGACAAACUACGGUGCCCUCUUCCUUGGCGAGAAGACGACCGUUUCCUUCGGGGACAAGUGCAUCGGCACGAACCAUGUAUUGCCCACACGCAAGGCGGGCAACUACACUGGCGGUCUCUGGGUGGGCAAGUUCCUGAAGACGCAGACGUAUCAGGAGAUCCUCGAUGAAAAGGCCAGUGGUGAGAUGGGCAGGCUAUGUGCCAGAUGCUCGCGCGCCGAGAACUUUGAGGGCCACGCUCGAUCCGGAGAUCUGAGGGCGCAUAAAUACCUCGGGGACGACCACGAAUGGGUGAAGGAGGCAAAGGGAGAUGGCGUACAGAUGAGCAUGCCGUAG